AAUCCAAAUCCAAUCCACUUCCGGGCUUUCGAAGGCGACGACCGGAGGAGAUGGCGGCGAGCACCUUCAUGGGGUCGCCGUGGCUCCGCAUCAGGCUGCUCCCGUCCGCGCCGGCGCAGCGCCUCCUCCGCCGCACGCUCUCCGUCCGCGCCUCCGCCUCCGCUGGCGACGACGGCGGGCCCGUCCGCGUCCGCUUCGCGCCUUCCCCGACCGGCAACCUCCACGUCGGGGGCGCCCGCACCGCGCUCUUCAACUACCUCUUCGCGCGCUCCAGGGGCGGCAAGUUCGUGCUCCGCGUCGAGGACACCGACCUCCAGCGCUCCACCAAGGAGUCCGAGGACGCCGUCCUCAGCGACCUCUCCUGGCUCGGCCUCGACUGGGACGAAGGUCCGGACGUUGGCGGCGAAUUUGGCCCUUACCGCCAGUCGGAGCGCAAUUCACUAUACAAACAGCAUGCCGAGAAGUUGAUGGAGUCUGAUGCAGUUUAUCGCUGCUUCUGCUCCAGCGAGGAACUUGAAAAAAUGAAGGAAACUGCGAAUCGGAUGAAACUUCCUCCUGUAUACAUGGGAAAGUGGGCAACUGCUUCAGAUGCAGAAGUACAACAGGAGUUAGAGAAAGGGACACCUUAUACUUACCGUUUUCGAGUGCCAAAGGAAGGUUCACUGAAAAUCAACGACCUUAUUCGCGGCGAGGUCAGUUGGAAUUUAGACACGCUUGGGGAUUUCGUGAUUAUGAGAAGCAAUGGUCAGCCAGUGUAUAAUUUCUGUGUCACUGUUGAUGAUGCUACCAUGCGCAUCUCUCACGUUAUCAGAGCUGAGGAGCAUCUACCAAACACAUUGCGGCAAGCUCUCAUCUAUAAAGCUCUUGGAUUUCCAAUGCCUUUAUUUGCUCAUGUCUCACUCAUUCUGGCUCCUGAUAGAAGUAAACUGUCUAAACGUCAUGGCGCUACUUCUGUGGGGCAGUAUAAAGAGAUGGGCUAUCUGCCUGAGGCAAUGGUAAAUUAUUUAGCACUCCUCGGAUGGGGUGAUGGUACUGAAAAUGAGUUCUUCACUAUUGAUGACCUAGUUGAAAAAUUCACUAUAAAUCGUGUCAAUAAAAGUGGAGCAGUCUUUGACGGAACAAAAUUAAAAUGGAUGAAUGGACAGCAUCUGCGCUCACUUCCAUCUGAUUUACUCAUCAAGAACUUUGAAGAUCGCUGGAAGAACACAGGCAUUCUUCUGGAGUCUGAAAGUGGUUUUGCCAAAGAAGCUGCUGAGCUUUUGAAGGAGGGCAUUGAUUUGAUAACAGAUGCCGAUGCAGCCCUUUCGAAUUUAUUGUCGUAUCCCCUUCAUGAUACUUUAAGCAGUGAUGAAGCUAAACCUGUGGUGGAAGACAAACUUUCUGAGGUUGCAUCAGGUCUCAUUUCUGCUUACGAUAGUGGAGAGCUUUGUCAAGCAAUAGCUGAAGGCCAUGAUGGUUGGAAGAAGUGGGUGAAAUCUUUUGGGAAGUCUCACAAAAGGAAGGGAAAAUCGCUGUUUAUGCCGCUGCGAGUGCUGCUGACCGGGAAGCUUCACGGGCCUGAGAUGGCCAGCGCCAUAAUCCUGGUGCACAAAGCCGGCAUCUGCAGAGCGGUCGCCCCUCAGUCCGGUUUUGUGAAUCUCGACGAAAGGUUUCGGAUCCUGAAGGAGGUGGACUGGGAAUCACUGCAUAAGAACCAAGAGUCCCCGGCUGAAUCUGCUGCCGCUGUUCCCGCCGCUUCAUAACUUUUCCUUGUAGGGAGUUGAGCAUAGAGUGAGAGUGUGUGAGGGCUUCCUUUUUCUUACUUCCUUUUGUUUCAUUUUGCGUGUGUAAUGAUACCGAGGAUUUGGUCCUUUUUUCUGUAUUUUUUUAGGCUAUUUUGCUUAAUUCUUCUGUUGCUGCUGGAGAACAUAUACUAGGUCCGUCUAGUAAGCGGAGUAAGAUGUAAGAACAGUUGAGCGCUUUAAUAAUGUGAAAUUUUCCUUUACCACA